AACUAUUAUGUAGAGGAAUGUGAAUUCUAUAUUUAUUGUUAUGAGAUUAUAUGUUUUUUGUCAAAUUUUCAUACUUUUUGUAUUAUAUCAUUUUAAAAGGACCACAGCGGACACAAGAGAUGUUGUGUUUGUCCUAGAUAGAUCCGGCAGCAUUUAUUACGAAGAUUUUUACGAAGCUGUUGACUUCCUCACAAUGUUACUAAUUGGUUGACAAUUGGAACAUCCACUGACGAACUUCAAAUUUCUGUCAUCACAUUUUCAAAUACAGUAACAGAAGAAUUUGAUUUGAACGACUAUACAUCAAAAACUGAUCUCCUGGAUGCCAUUGAAGCAAUAAAAUCAAGGUCACCGGGAGGACAAACAUACACACACGAUGCUCUAGAAUUUUGUUAUAGUUCAACAUUUACGUCAGGUCAUGGUUCUCGAAGCGGUGUGCCAAAAGCUGUGGUUGUUUUAACAGAUGGAAUAUCCACCGAGACGGCAGAAACCAGUACACAAGCCAGCAUACUACAAAAUGCUGGGAUUGAAGUGUAUGCCAUUGGCAUUGGUUCAGUUGUGACUUCAUCAAUGACAGAACUGGAAUCUAUUGCUUCAGAUCCAGACUCUUACUAUGUAAAUACAGUUGGAACAUUCUCAAAUUUGUGUUUACAUGUACCAGAAUUGGUGGUAAAGCUAGAUAGUAACGUGCUAGAAUCGGCAGUAGAUAAAUGUGGGGUGUUUAAUACCACCAGUACUGACGAAGACACAAGCGGGACAGUUUCAGAUGACACAACCGUGUACAUUGCCGCAGUAUCUGGGGUAGCAGCUACAGCGGCCAUUAUUGGUGGGAUUGGUGUCGGUAUAGCUAAAGCUUUAGCGGCCAUGAAGAUGAGUGCGAAGAUACCAACAAUGUUAUCGGCUGUCGGGAUGUACAAUCAAGCACCACUAGGCCCAGCGAAGGCGAAAUUUACUACAAAGCUUAUACAGUCUGGGAUACCUUUUUCAGGACAAACAAUACCAUCAAAGGCACCAGCACAGACCUUCUCUCCUAGGUCGAUUGCAUCUAUUACUUUUUUCGAUUGAAAGCUCACGUCGCCUUUGAAUAUAUUUGAAGGUUAUAAAGAUUAAUCCUCUCCCUGUUUUAACCUAUCAUGCUCAUAGUGUAAACCGAUGUUCAAAUGGAACUGCUUAAUGUCAGAGCUGUUUUUUUGUAAUAUAACAAUUUGAAUAAGCCCGUAUUAUGGUAUUAUCCCCGUCCGUUCUU